AUGUCUGGGAGUCCAAGUGCCUUUCUGGCUGCUAUGAUACAAAUGCUAGUACUGUUUGUGGUCCGAAGGGAACGGAAGGAAGGCUGCAAGCCUUACCUGGCUGUAGGCAUCAACUCCAGGGAAUGCAGCAAUCGGUCAUGGGAUAUUGUAACAGAUGGUAUGCUACCUCCUUCAGGAAUUAAAAAAGUGGCUGAGGAGAAGCUUGACACUGAAGAAAGGGUUGGGCGAGGGGCUGGGCUGGUAGAGCGCAGCCUCAGCGUUGCUUUCCCUUCCUGGUGGAGGAGAGGAGACAACCCUGGGAGCUGGUUCUCGCCCCGCAAGGAUCUUCCACGCUCUCUUCAUACCCUUCGUUACGAGUUAUUUUUCCACUCUGCACGGAAACCAAGGCUGUCUGCCCCGCGCCUGGGGCUUGUCCCUCCGCAGCCCGCUUUCCCUCUCCUCAAGGCGGGCUGCGCUGCCGCCCCGUCCCGGCGGCACUGGCGACGAAAGAAAUGCGCCUGUCACUGCAGAAAGGGUUCCCCGAGAGGGCGGAGGUUCCGCGGCGGCGGCAGGAGCUGCCAGACACCGGCUUUGAAGUAUAUGAGCCGUGGCUAUGCAUCACAGCGUACUUUAAAUGAGGUGGUGAUAGCAAGUGCUGUAAGGACACCGAUUGGAUCUUUCCAAGGAUCUCUUUCGUCAUUGCCAGCCACUAAACUUGGUUCCAUUGCAAUUAAGGGAGCAAUUGACAGAGCAGGUAUCCCUGCAGAAGAAGUGAAAGAAGCAUAUAUGGGUAAUGUCUUGCAGGCUGGACAAGGACAAGCUCCAGCAAGACAAGCAGUCCUGGGUGCAGGUCUACCAAUCUGCACUCCUACUACAACUGUCAAUAAAGUCUGUGCUUCAGGAAUGAAAUCAAUCAUGAUGGCAGCACAAAGCCUGAUGUGUGGGAGUCAGGAUGUAAUGGUUGCUGGUGGAAUGGAGAGCAUGUCUAAUGUUCCCUAUACAAUGAGCAGAGGAUCAACGCCAUAUGGAGGAGUAAAGCUGGAAGACCUGAUAGUAAAAGAUGGGCUGACAGAUGCUUAUAACCAUAUCCAUAUGGGCAACUGUGCUGAGAAUACUGCAAAGAAGUUUACUAUUUCGCGAGAGGAACAAGACACUUUCGCCAUAGGCUCUUACACUAAGAGCAAAACAGCCUGGGAUUCAGGAAUACUGAAAAAUGAAAUAGUUCCUGUCACUAUUUCAAAAAAAGGAAAGCCGGAUACAGAAGUGAAAGAAGAUGAAGAAUACAAACGUGUUGAUUUUAGUAAAGUUCCAAAGCUGAAAGCUGUUUUCCAAAAAGAAAAUGGAACAGUUACAGCUGCUAACGCCAGUACGCUGAAUGAUGGAGCAGCUGCUUUGGUGCUGAUGACCACAGAGGCGGCCAGGAGACUGAAAGUCAAACCAUUGGCACGGAUAGUAGCUUUUGCAGAUGCUGCUGUUGAUCCCAUUGACUUCCCAAUUGCACCUGCACAUGCUGUUCCCAAGAUUCUAAGUGAGACAGGCCUGAAAAAAGAAGAUAUUGCAAUGUGGGAAAUCAACGAAGCAUUCAGUGUUGUGGUGCUGGCCAAUAUUAAAAUGCUGGGUAUUGAUCCGCAAAAAGUAAACAUUAACGGAGGCGCCGUCUCUCUUGGACAUCCAAUAGGAAUGUCUGGAGCAAGAAUCGUUGUUCACAUGGCCCACGCGCUGAAACAAGGACAAUAUGGUCUUGCAGGAAUUUGCAAUGGAGGAGGAGGUGCUUCUGCAAUACUGAUAGAGAAGUUGUAGGCCCCAAUAGUGUUGGAAACAAAGCCUUAAACGCCCUCUGAACAAAGGGAUGAGUGGUACCCGUUACAUCUUAUUUAUCGAUACGUGGAUGAAUCCCUUAACCGCUAUUCUGAAAUUUCUUAAAACGUCAUUGAUGCAGAUGACUGGGCUUUUAUUACUUUGACUCAGUGCAAGUUUUUAUACAGUACAAAUAAAAACCGUCAAAUUAUGAUAAUGUCUCGAGACCUGAGAAUAAAGAACGUUUGUUACCUGUG